AAGGUUGCAGUAAUCAUGAUAACAACUGAGACAAGCCCUAGUCAGUACAGUGUCAUGUCUUGGUUUGUGCGGUUAUUCUUACUUUUGUGUUGUACCAAAUGUUCAUUGUCUUGGGUCUAUGAACGUACCAGAGGACAAGUAUGGCCCUUGCCUCGUUUCGUCUCGUAUCAAAAGACACUCAACUAUAUAAACCCUGUCAAAUUUACUUUUAAGGUAACCAACAACACAUGCCCCAUCCUAGAUGAAGCAGUGAAGAGAUAUACUGAUGUGAUAAAAAAGAUGUUGCCCCGCAAUCACCAUCAGUGGCAGGGAUGUCCAGAUUUUUCAAGCCUACAGGAAGUGCUUGUAACUCUGACAGAACCUUGUGAGGACUGGCCUAACCUCCACAUGGAUGAGCAUUAUGAGGUUCAUGUGAAUCGCCCUGAUUAUGACAACCUGACCAUUGUAUCCAGUAGUAGUGUGUGGGGCUUGUUGCGGGGGCUAGAGUCAUUCUCCCAAUUGGUGACACCGGCUACUGAUGCUGCUGGUUGUCUGGUGUUAAACAGCACAGAUAUCUUGGAUUACCCAAGAUUCAAGCAUAGGGGAUUGCUGCUGGAUACAUCUCGCCAUUACCUGCCAGUGCCUGUUAUCCUCAACAUUCUAGCUGCCAUGGAGAUGAACAAGAUGAAUGUCUUCCACUGGCAUAUUGUAGAUGAUGAGAGCUUCCCGUAUCAGAGCAUCACCUACCCUAGUCUAAGUGAUAAAGGAGCUUAUGAUUCCAAACAUUUAAUCUACACCCAAGAUAAUGUGAAGAACAUCAUAGAAUAUGCCAGAUUGAGAGGGAUUCGAGUAAUUCCAGAAUUUGACUCACCAGGUCACACAAGGGCUUGGGGUGGAGGCGCAAAUAAGCUGUUGACAGCAUGCUUCACCAACGGCAGUUUCAAUGGAGAGUUUGGUCCAGUAGAUCCCAGUAGGAGCCAAAAUUUCAAGUUUGUCCGAACUCUGUUAGAGGAAGUGAAGAGCGUAUUUCCUGACAAAUACAUUCACGUUGGAGGCGAUGAAGUACAGUUCGGCUUUCAGUGUUGGAUGAGCAAUCCUACAGUGACACAGUUCAUGAAGGACAAUAACAUUACGAGUCCUGAGAACUUGGAGGGCUACUACAUGAACCAAGUCCUGGACAUGGUAUAUAACAUUAAUGCCAGUGCAAUUGUGUGGGAGGAGGUGUUCAAACAUGGUGAUCCACUCCACAAUGAUACAGUCAUCCAAAUUUGGAGCUCUAACCGAACAGAAAUGCUGAAAGAGGUGACAAAGGAAGGCAUGUAUGCACUGUUGUCACAGGGUUGGUACUUGGAUCACAUCAGUGACCAGUGGCAAGACUUUUAUAAGAUCGACCCUACAGACUUCGAUGGUACGGAAAAACAGUACCAACUAGUUCUAGGCGGUGAGGCCUGUAUGUGGGGUGAGAUGGUGGACGAGACCAAUAUAGUGCCUCGCAUCUGGCCACGUGCCAGUGCAGUGGCUGAACGGCUCUGGUCGCAGAAGGCAGUGGAUAAAACAGCGCCAGCUCCACGGCUUAACGAGCAUGUUUGUCGCAUGAGACGGCGUGGGGUGGCAGCCCAACCUGCCAAUGGCCCUGGGUUCUGCCCCUAAUGAAUCCAUAUUUGUUAAAAUAAAAAUCUUAUAAUAA